AUUUUCAAAUGAUUUUCAAUUUAAAACUGUAUUGUAUUAUGUUAAAGCUUAAUUUGACCAAGCAUUAUGUAUGAAUUAAAUUGCACUUAACGCUACUAGCAUUUUUACCCGCUGGCCCGGCUGUCAAUGUCAAACUGUCAAACCAAACAUCAAUUGACGGCUCCUACUUCGAUGAUAAUCACUUUUACAACAAUUUAGAUUCAAUUUAAUAUAUAAAUUCAAUUUAAACUAUAGAUUUAGAAACAUGUCUAAAGAUCUUGUUGUAUUAACUCCAAAUGGCAGAAGGCAGAAAGUUCACUGUACUCCAAAUACAAGCUUUUUGCAGGUUUUGGAAGACGUCUGUGAGAAGCAAGGCUUUCAGCCUGAUGAGUACGGGUUGAAACACUACAAUCAGAUUAUAGACUUGACAAGUACUCUUCGUUGGUCCAAUAUACCAAACAAAGCCACUUUAGAGAUGGUAGAAUCAGAUCGAUCGCGCCAUGAAACAAAUGUUACUAUUGGAUUACAAUUUGCAGAUGGUGAAAGAAGAACAGCAGAUUUUGCACCCAACACAUCACUGUUUGAUCUUGUCAAUUCUAUGGCACCAGAAGAACUCAAGACAUUAACACACCCAACUGUCCUCUACAUGAGACAUGAAAUAACUGGGGUGCCUGCACUGAAAGAAAAGACUCUGCGUCAGCUGGGUCUAAUAGGGGGCAGAGCUAUUCUGAGACUGUUGAACAAAGCAGAAAAUGCUACGCAAGCAAAUGUCUCAACUGUGUACCGGAGACCCUUUCCACCUAAAGAAGAGAAAGAGAACCAAGAAAGGAAGCCAUCAACCCCAGAAGAGAACAAUACAGCAGGACCAUCUAAUGCACAGCCCUCCAAUGUCCACAAAACUGCAUUUACAAAGAGCACUAACCCAAUAGAUUUAAUCAAAAAACAAAAAGAGAGAGUAGAAAAACAAAAGGUAGAAACUACAGCUGAACCAGCUGAGACAGUUGUAACAGAACCUCCUUCAAAAAAUAAUGAGUCAAUGGAAGUAGAUGAAGUUGUGUCUAAUACAAAUAGUGCUACAUCUGUUUCCUCAGAAAACUUAGAAAGAAGACUGAUGAUAGAAGAAGAAGUUACAUUUUUGGGGUCACAAAAGGCAAUUAUUUUCACACCAAAAGAAGAGCAAGAAGAAUUGGACGACCUGCCAGAUGAUUUCUAUGAGUUGUCAGUGGAAGAGGUGCGGAGACUGUUCAGGGACCUUCAGCAAAAUCGUUUGCAAUUAGAAAACACACCCUUACUCACAUCAACGAAAAAAGAAGAGAUGGAAAAACAGAGUUCAGAACAGAGAUUAGCUCAGUAUAAGAGUGCAGUGGUCCGGAUACAGUUCCCAGACCAUGUAAUUCUUCAAGGCAUUUUCUCACCUGACAACACCAUAGGUGAUAUCUACAAUUUCAUCAAAGACUACCUAGAAACUCCGGAUAAACCAUUUACCACAUUUGUUACACCACUGAAAGAAACCUUAGAUCCGAACAUGACAUUACUGGAAGCAAAAUUCGUCCCGUGCGUCCACAUGCAUUUUAAAUGGCUGCAGGAAGAAGCAAACCCAAAGUAUCUGAAGAAAGAACUAUAUUUAAAGAAGACUGCCAGCGAUGCCGCCAGCAUCCUAGCGUCAAAGUACCGAGCUCCUAAUAGAAGGAAACCACCUUCGUCCAACCCGAGAACAUCUGAUACUGGAGCAUCGUCGUCGAAAAAUAGCAAAGUACCGAAAUGGUUCAAAAAAUAAAUGAACCCAUCAUCAUUCUUACCAGGGUUCUGAUAUACUUUUAUUUAACCUCUUGUGAAAUCAAGUCUGCUUGUUAAUGUUAAUUUUUAAAUCAAUAUGUUAUAUUUGAUAAAAGGGGGCAUAGCAUACCUGUUUUAUAUAAAUAAAU